UCAUACAUCGGAAGCCCCUUAUAUAACCUUAGUAAAUAUUUAGCCCAACUUCUAAACCAUGCCUUUGAGAAAGAUGAUAGAUACACUAGAAAUUCCUUUGAGUUAGUUGAAUAUUUAAAAACAGUUACAAUUCCGGACCGAUACAUACUAAUUUCACUAGAUGUAGUCUCACUCUAUACAAAUGUUCCACUUGACUUGGCGAUAACAAUAAUCGAAAAAAAAUGGGGGAAAAUUGAGCCUCAUACAACUCUAUCAGUUGAAGAAUUUUUACAACUGUUCACGUUUUGCAUCGAAAAUAGUUAUUUUAUGUUUAAUGAUGCAUUUUUCAGGCAAAUAUUUGGAUUGGGUAUGGGAAAUAAUCUGGCACCGGUAACAUCUGACAUAGUAAUGGUGGAAGUUCAGAAUUUGGCUAUUGAUAAGUUGAGUUUUGGGAUACCAUUUUUUAAAAGAUAUGUUGAUGACAUUAUCACGUCAAUACCUUUCGAUAAAAAGGAUGAAAUCUUAGCAGCAUUCAAUAGCAUUCAUCCCCGCUUGAAAUUCACUAUUGAAAUAGAAUCACAUAAUAACUCACUACCUUUUCUAGAUACUUUAUUGAUCAGACGAGAUAAUAGAAUAAUUACAGAUUGGUACCAAAAACCAACGUUUUCCGGGAGAAUACUCAAUUUUAAUUCAAAACACCAUAUGGCACAAAAAAUUAACAUAAUUAAUAAUUUGAAACAUAGAGCUCUCAAACUUUCUGAUAAUGAAUUUCACGAAAAAAACAUCAUUAAAAUACAAACAAUUCUAGAAAAAAAUAACUAUCCUACAAAAUUCAUAAAAAAAAUUCUGAACAAGAGUGAACCUGAGCACCACAGACCACAGGAAGAAAAAGAAAACCAAAAAUAUUUCAGUUUAACUUACGUUGAAAAUUUAGGAGAGCAAAUUAAAAAUAUAUUCACCAGAUUAAACGUAAAUAUUGCCUUCAAAUCUGACAAUACUAUAAAACAAUUUUUCACAAAAACCAAAAGUGCAACUCCCAAAGAAUUAAUAAGUAACAUGGUAUAUAAAAUAUCUUGUAACGACUGUCCAGCCACAUAUAUUGGUCAAACUAGUCGCUACCUUAAGGACAGAAUCUCAGAACACAAAAGAGACUCACUCAACAUCCUUAAUCCUUUGAAAAACAAAAAGGAAAAUAAUACGGCACUCGCGGAGCAUGUAGGAAGUCUUCUUCAUUCCUUUAAUUUCGAUCCUAGGUCAGUAAAAAUAUUGGGUAGGCAAACAAAUUCAAAAAAACGGUUAUUAGAUGAAAUGAUAUCCAUAAAACAAGACGAAAAUUCCAUUAACAAAAGAAACGAUAUAGAAAGGUUGAAUACCGCAUAUUAUUAUUUAAUUGGAAAAAUAAAGAAUAAAUAGAAGCUUGUUGUCCAACCCGAGUGUAUAAAUUGCCAUAAUUGUCCGCGCAUACUCCAGAAACAUCUAACUUGAUAAUUUAACAUCAUCACAUCAGUCUUUUCAAAGAUUUAGAUGCGAGCAGUAAUUUAUUCUCUUUAAUUUUAAUUUAUGACAUCGAAAUUUAUGACAACAGAACCACAAAAGGUGAAAAUAGCCCUGAUGAAGAUUUUAUAAUAAAGUCGAAACUAGUUGGCCUUUUUUCCAAAACCUGGUUUUCUGAAUAAUUCGUCGACCUAGAAACCUGUCAAAAAUCACC